AUGAGUUGGAAUCUACUGGAGCGCUUCAUCGAGUCGGAUCACUUCAACAACGAUCCGUCACUCUCCGUCGCCUACCUGUCGCGAUAUGCGGAUCAUGUUGGCAUCCACUAUGUCCUCUGCAACAAGCUGCGGACCUUCGAGUACGAGGAGAUCGAGUUCUUCCUCCCGCAGUUGUGCCACCUUCUCAUCAGCGUCGACAAUGAGUCUAUGGCACUAGAGGAGUUUAUCAUCGAUCUCUGCGAGGAGUCGGUCAAUGGCGCUCUGCUCACUUUCUGGCUGUUCCAAACCUACCUCCACGACCUUUUCGGCAACCCCCAGUCCAACGCCUUCAAGACUUGCCGCCGCAUAUACAACAGGGUUCAGAGGAUUGUCUUCGGCGCGUCGGAACCCCCGGCAAAAGAGAAGGUCAAGGAUAACGUGUUACCCGUCACCGUACUCUCGAGCCUCAUCCUGUCUAGCGUUGCCGCGCCCUUCCUCCCCAGACAUGCCGGGCCUCUCGCUGUAGCCCAAGCGCGCAAGCCACGAUACGUCCCAGAGACAAUUUCGGACAAUCCCCAGCCAGACGCCCAGAAGCUGACGCGAAGUCAUACGGUAGCCGGCGAUGGCACGCGGCAUAAAAGGCAAAAGCCCAAGCAGGCGGCAUCGUCGGGGGACCAGCCCUAUUCCCCAGAAUCCCCGAUCGCACGCGCCAAACCACCUCCAGAAAAGCAGCGCACGCCUCCAAGGCCUGUGAUUACGGCCCCUCGGGCCGUGUCCACGGGACCGAGGCCCUCGCUACUAGCAAUGACGAACAUGAGCUCUUCUUCACUUCCCGACUUCCGGUCUCAGAGCAUGUCCCCAAUUCCCCAGCCUCCAGCGACUGCGGGCCUAGCACCGCGGCCCACAGAACACGUGCAGCGCCGUCAUUCUCAUAACCCUAGACCGAUAAGCCCCAGUACAUUGACCAGAGCACAGAAGGUACGGAUUUUACGGUCAAACUACUUCCGUAGCGAAACCCAGUUCCUUAGUGCGCUGGAGGACAUUUCAAAUCGCCUAGUUAUCGUACCCAAGCCUGCACGACUGAGCGCACUGCGCGCUGAAUUGGCGCUCAUAGCGCAGGACCUCCCGGCAGAAGUGGACAUACCGCUAAUUUGUCCUGCGACGCUGGAAGAGGGAGUUGCGGCGCGUAGCAAACACCAUCGGAUCGUUCGGUUGAAUCCUGCGGAAGCAACCAGUCUCAACAGUGCGGAGCGUGUUCCGUAUCUUCUCAUGGUGGAGGUUCUGCGGGAGGAUUUCGAUUUCAACCCGGAUACGGAACCAAACCAGGUUUUACUCGCCAAACUCCUGGCCGAAAAAGGGACCAACAAGAGACGUUUGUUUGACCUUUCAGAUGCAUCGAGGCAAGUCAUCAUUCCGGACAAACCCCCUGAUCCAGGCGUCGACAGUGUCUUCGAGCCCGCCAAUGGUGAUUUAGCAAGCCCGGCAUUGCUCCAGGGACCUUCGGAAGAGGAGAUUGCCAGUGGUUUGGCGAGCGCCACGUUGACUGGUAAUGCCUUCAACAGCAGUAAAACCGUCGCCCCACGGUCAUCGAGUGGCGCCAACACCAUGUCCUCGAUCGCAACGAUAUCUACGCCGAGGACCUCAGACACUGAGAGGAGCAGAACCAACAGCCCUAUGCCUCGGAAGAUGACCCUUCCCGUUUCCAGCAGGACGCAAGGCCCCGAUCAACCCGAUUUUUCAGCCCUGGCAACCCAUAUGCGUACGGCAGCACAAAUGCUCGCGCAGCUCGAAAACAGCGGGUCGAAGCGGCCAAAAGCGGAAGUGACGGCCAUUAAGACAAAGAUCAUUGCCAGCAUGCAAAAUCUGGAGGAGCAAAGUUUUUACACGGACGAGAUCAACAAUGCGCCGACGUUCGACAGCAUCAUGGCUGAACCUAAAUCUGAAGUCCUGACUGGUGAGCCGGAUGAGCUUGAUGAUCCUAAUGCGGCCGCGGACCCUACACUGAACACCAGUGUCGGAGCGGCCCGCAUGGAAAACGACCAAAAGACGGGUGGUGUUCAGCGCAAGGGAGACCGCGACGACCCCAGUGCUGCAACAUUUGGAGAAGACUGGGCUGCAAAGAAGGAACGCAUUCGGCGGUCUUCGCCGUAUGGCUGGAUGAGGAACUGGGAUCUUCUUUCUGUGAUUGUCAAGACGGGUUCCGAUUUGCGUCAGGAGGCCUUUGCUUGCCAGCUGAUCCAAGUUUGCUCCAAGAUCUGGAAAGAGGCAGAGGUUCCUGUGUGGGUGAAGCAGAUGCGCAUUCUUGUUACGGGCGAGUCGUCCGGUCUCAUCGAGACCAUCACCAAUGGUGUCUCGCUCCAUUCUUUGAAGCGCAGCCUGACCCUCGCUAGCAUUGCGGCAGGAACUAACCCCCGAAAACGUAUCGCGACCCUGCGGGAUCACUUUGUGCGUACUUUCGGUGAGCCGGAUAGCGAGACGUAUGCUACCUCUGUUGAUGCAUUCGCCCGCUCUCUGGCCGCCUACAGCAUCAUUUCCUAUGUGCUACAACUCAAGGACCGGCAUAACGGUAACAUUCUCAUCGACAACAUUGGUCACAUCGUUCACAUCGAUUUCGGCUUUAUGCUGUCUAACAGUCCUGGCAGCAUGGGGUUUGAGGCUGCGCCAUUUAAAUUGACGCAGGAGUACGUCGACGUCCUUGGAGGCAUAGGCUCGCCCCAGUACAGGCUCUAUGUGAACUUGUGCCAGCAAGCUUUCCAGGCGCUGAGGAAGGAUGCUGAGCGCAUCGUUAUGCUGGUCGAAAUGAUGGGAAAGGCAAGUCAGAUGCCGUGCUUCGCUGCUGGCAUGCAGCAAGCGGUGGCCGCUUUGCGGGCCCGUUUCAUGCUGCAGCUGAGCAAGGAAGAGGCGUCCUUGUUUGUGGAGGAUCUCGUGAACAAGAGCGUAGGGAGCUACUACACAAGGCUAUACGACACCUUCCAGUACCGUACGCAAGGCAUAUACUGA